AUGCCACAACAAAGAGCUCGACGAGGUCCAAAGUGGACACAGUCUCAUACUGACACUGGGAUUGUCCUCAAGUGGGUUGCUGGUCAGUUUGCUGCUGGUAGACGCAAUUGCACUCACACCGAGUUUAAGGCCACCCCUCAAGGCCAAGUCCUGUGCGAGAAGUGGACAUCAGCCAAGGUUGACCACAAUUUCAAGCAGACCAAGAAGCAAUACGAGAUUGAUAUUCAUCCUUCCACUCGCGGCCAAGGUGGAUUCACCCCUGAAGUCCGCGCCAUUGCUGGCCUAGCCAUCCCUGAAAACGCUGCUGCUGAGGCUCCUCCCUUGGUUCCUGGAGACGAUGGUGAAGAUCUUGGUGCUGAAGACGACAUUCUGGGUGGCACGCUAGACGAAGACGAGUUUGUGGAAGAAGAAGAAGUUGCCAACACCACUGCUCCACCAACACCAACACCAACACCAACGCCGCCGCCGCCGCCGCCGCCGACACCACAAUCUGGCAACAACAUGAGCUUCUACACGCGUCAUUAUGUCAAUGACAGCAUGGAGGAUAACAACCGCGGAGUUGUGUCCACAUUGGCAGAAGAAGAUGAAAUUCGAGAUGGUGACUAUGAGGAAAUCAAUGGCACCAUUUGGGCCAAAGCAUUUGUUGCGCUACCCGAAGCAGUUGAACCUUACCUUGUUAGUCCUCGCAUUGUUGACUUUGGCAGCUUGCAGAACCCAGUCUGCUAUACGACAAUUCCCAGGACUACAAGGUUGAUGACUACUGUUGGUGCUUGGUCCAAGCGCAACAAGCCCAUCAAGGCUAGAGAUGCAUUCGUUCCUGUCUCGGUCGAAGAGGCCCAGAGGACGGCAACUCUCUUUGGUUUGGCAACUCCGCCUCCUCCCAACACUCGUGUGCCUGCUCCAGCUCCAGACCUAAUGUUGGCGCAGUUGCUUCAUCGGCUCAAUCAACAGGAAGCUCAGGUCAAUCAGAUGAGGCGACAGCAUGAACAAGAGUUGACGACGCAGAGGCAGCAGUUCAACACCACUACACAACAACUCGAUGAGCAAUACAAGAGAGCUGCCAACGCACGAGAUGAGCAUGUUCAGGCGAAUUCGCCAGCUGCGUACCAGUAUUUUAGAGAAAACUUCAACACCAUGAGCGAAGAAGAUUUCCGCAAUUUGAUGCAGCGAAUGUCCAUGGCUGCAGCCCCCGCGGCAGCUCCAGCCCCAGCUCCAGCUCCAGCUCCAGCCCCAGCCCCAGCCCCAGCUGGCACCGAAACCAGGCCUUCCCAUGUUUUCACAGUUUCGGAUGAGUCCACUGCCGGUGGCAGCAGCAUGUCCGAGGAAGAACAGUUCAAGACGCCCAGGAAUGAUUGA